CGGGGCCCUAGCAGCAGAAAGCCGCGGCGGGCGAGUGCUACAAGCGUGUUCUCUGGGCGCUGAGCGUUUCGGCCGCUGUCCCUGCAGUGAGGUGGCCUCCCGCCUGGCUUAGGCUCCUUUGCCCGGGACGGGCCGGGGAGCGGAGGCGAUCGCACCCUUCCCCUGCCUUUCUAGGAAAUCUCCACGCCCCCGCCCCUAUUCUUCGGGAAACUGCCCCUCACUUCCUUCUCCAGCACCAGAAAGCCCUGAACCCCUGGGUCCCGUUUUCGCGGGCCCACACUGCGGGCCCCUGACCUUUCUUUUCUACCCCGAGGCGACUCCGUCGCAUCCCUCUACCCCCCACCCCCCAUUCGCAAUUCUUUCACUUUCCUGUUGCGUCCUGGUGGUGGGCAUCUCCCUCCUCGGAGAGGGAAGCAUGGGACCAGCAAGGGUCCAGGCGCCUCCGGAGGCAGAGGCUGGAAGACAAACCGCGCUCCCUAGUUCCUCAGCUUCUGUGUAAUCAGCUGCCCUUUUGGAAAUCGGGCGGGGGUUGUGGCUGGAUGCCGGUGUCCCUGACUUGUCUUCAGCAUAGAAUGCAGAAGUAACAUGUUCCCAGCACUGGAAACAGAGGUAAAGCAGGAGACUCUUCCUGAUCCCUAUGAAGACUUUAUGUACCAUCAUCUUCAAUACUAUGGCUACUUUAAAGGUCACAGAGGUAGUUUACCAACCUCAGCUACACACCAGCAUGUUUGGAAGAAUAAUCCUCGAUACCUGUUGAGCGGCUCUUUUGGAGAAAGACAGGGUAUGAUACCAGACCCUCUGCAAAAGGAGAAGCUUCUGUGGCCCACCUGUACAUCUUCACCUGUGCAUAGACAGAUAGAAGCUGUGAGCAGAGAUUCUCUUAUGCUUAGUUCACCACUUCUUAAGAGCAGGCAGCUUCUUCAUGAUGAAUUUGGUGAAGUCAACCCAUGUCUUCGAGAACCCCGAGAUCUCUUUACCUUCUUCUCUAGCAGCGGGCCUCUGCAGGCUCCGAGGUGGCCAAUAGAAUGUGAGGUCAUCAAGGAAAACCUUCAUCAUAUUGAGUGGGUUCCACCUCAACCAGAAUAUUUCUAUCAACCUACAGGAAAUGAAAAGUUACCAGAAAUUGUAGGAGAAGAAAAAGGCACAGUUGUCUUUCAAUUAGAUUCAGUGCCCACCGAAGGUUCCUAUUUCACUAGUUCCAGAGUGGGAGGCAAGCGAGGGAUCAUCAAGGAGCUUGCUGUUACGCUGCAAGGACCUGAGGACAAGACUCUCCUGUUUGAGUCAAGGUUUGAGAGCGGGAAUCUGCAAAAAGCUGUCAGAGUAGAUACCUAUGAGUAUGAGCUCACCUUGCGAACUGACCUCUACACAAACAAACACACUCAGUGGUUUUAUUUUCGAGUGCAGAACACUAGAAAAGAUGCCACCUACCGCUUCACUAUUGUCAACUUGCUAAAACCCAAGAGCCUUUAUACUAUAGGGAUGAAGCCACUCAUGUACUCCCAGUUGGAUGCCAAGACCCACAACAUUGGCUGGAGAAGAGAAGGAAAUGAAAUCAGGUACUAUAAGAACAACAGGGACGAUGGGCAGCAGGCCUUUUACUGUCUCACGUGGACCAUUCAGUUCCCACACGACCAGGACACUUGCUUCUUCGCACACUUCUAUCCAUAUACAUACACUGACUUGCAGUGCUACCUGCUGUCAGUGGCAAACAACCCUGUCCAGUCUCAGUUCUGCAAACUCCGAACUUUAUGCAGGAGCCUUGCAGGAAAUACCGUCUACCUGCUCACCAUCACCAACCCAUCCCAGACCCCUCAAGAGGCAGCUGCAAAGAAAGCUGUGGUCUUGAGUGCCAGAGUCCACCCCGGAGAAAGUAACGGCUCCUGGAUCAUGAAAGGCUUUUUGGACUUCAUCCUGAGCAACUCUCCAGAUGCCCAGCUCCUCAGAGAUAUCUUUGUCUUCAAAGUGGUUCCUAUGUUAAAUCCAGAUGGAGUGAUUGUGGGGAAUUACCGGUGUUCAUUGGCUGGAAGAGACUUGAAUAGACAUUAUAAAACCAUUCUGAAGGAGUCUUUCCCUUGUAUCUGGUACACCAGGAACAUGAUCAAAAGACUUCUUGAAGAAAGGGAGGUUCUCUUGUAUUGUGAUUUCCAUGGCCACAGCCGUAAGAAUAAUAUCUUCUUGUAUGGCUGUAAUAACAAUGAUCGCAAGUACUGGCUUCAUGAGCGAGUCUUUCCUUUAAUGUUAAGCAAAAAUGCGCCAGAUAAGUUCUCUUUUCAUAGUUGUAAUUUUAAGGUCCAAAAGUGCAAAGAAGGAACAGGACGAGUUGUAAUGUGGCGGAUGGGAAUCCUGAACAGCUACACCAUGGAAUCUACCUUUGGGGGGUCCACACUGGGCAAUAAAAGAGAUACUCACUUUACUACUGAGGAUCUAAAGUCUCUAGGUUAUCAUGUUUGUGACACCCUUCUGGAUUUCUGUGAUCCUGACCGAACCAAGUUCAUGCAGUGCCUAACAGAGCUUAAAGAGCUUUUACAACAAGAAAUCCAUAAGAAAUUCAAUGAGCUUGGACAAGAUAUGGAUUUAGAAGGAAGUUGGAGUGACAUCUGUUUGUCUGACAUUGAAUCCAGCACCAGUGGUUCUGAUAGUUCCCUCUCAGAUGGUCUCCCUGUUCACCUACUGAACGUAGCAGAUGAGUUGAAUCAAAAGAAGAAGAUGUAUAAGAAGAAAAAAAAGAAGCUGCUUCAGACUAGGAAACAGCGAAAUGAACAGUAUCAGAAAAAUAAUUUGAUGCAGGAGUUAAAGUUAACAGAAGAUGCCCUGUCCUUCCAGGAAAGGGCAGGGUUUGCUUCUUCUACCCUGCAAAAACAGCCUACCUUUUUCAGAAAUUCAGAGAAUGCCAGUUCUUCAGCGAUGAGAAAUGAAAAACCGAGGUUGAAUGAGUCACAGUUACAUGGAAGAGAAAAGGGCACCUCGCUGGACCCAUCAAAAAUGACCUCGAUUCUGACUAAGAGUAAAGAGAGAAUGCAGACGGAGAAGCCAAGACCCACAGUGUCGUGCUCUCCCGAGAGAAGCACAAACUCCAGCCAAGAGCCAGCUGCAGAUAUGAAGUCACACUGGUCCAGGAACAGAUAUCCUGCCACAAAGAGAGGCCGCGCCGCCAUGACGGUUUACCCCUCCUUGCACGUAUACACGUACCCAUAGGGGGCCUUGGCCACACAGGAGCGUCAUUGGCAGUGGGGCUAGACGUGUUUUGUAGUGAGGGGAGUUGUGUGACUUGGGGUACACUGCGUUGUAUGCUCAUGGUGCACUGACCUUGCGCUGUGUGCUUACAUUGCAUGCAUGCCCUCAGGACUCAUACCUCACGAAUCAGGUUUUUUUUCAUUAAGCGAAAUUAUAUUAUGUAUACAAAAGCUUCCUUUAUCAGAAAUUGAGGUGUGUGUUCAUGAACCCCACAGCACAGAUAUACCUCAUUCUAACCAAUAGAUAGUCUUUCUAAAAUUAUGUGCAAAUUAACUUUAAGAGCUCAAAUUCUGUUUUAAACCUAUUCUGGGAGUGUGCUGUGUUUAAAAAGUCUUGGCGUCAAAGCUUUCUGGCAAUGAAUGGUCAGACUGUGAUUAUCAGAUUGGCUCAUGGUGGCUCAUUGGCUCAUACCACACAGAGAGAACAAUUCGUGUAUUCGCCAGUUUAGUCUUACAUAUAUUAUGUUCAACACGGUUACGUAUGUUUUUUAACCCAUUGAUUAAAAUUCUUUCUCUCUAA